AAUAAAUCCAACGGCUCUGAUCAGUUAAUGCCCAUCUCCUCUUUCCUUUAUAAACCCCGUCUUCUUCCUCCCGAGCUCGUUUUCGCCGCCACGCCCCGAGAUCUCGUUCGCAGCAAUGGGGGCGUACAAGUACGUGUCGGAGCUAUGGAGGAAGAAGCAAUCCGAUGUGAUGCGAUUUCUGCAGCGCGUGAGGUGUUGGGAGUACCGGCAACACCCCUCGAUCGUCCGCGUCACGAGGCCGACGCGCCCCGACAAGGCUCGCCGACUCGGCUACAAGGCCAAGCAGGGUUAUGUGAUUUAUCGUGUUCGUGUUAGGCGUGGAGGGAGGAAGAGGCCAGUCCCCAAGGGUAUUGUUUACGGCAAGCCAAAGAACCAGGGUAUCACCCAGCUCAAGUUCCAGAGGAACAAGAGGUCAGUUGCCGAGGAAAGAGCUGGUCGUAAACUGGGCGGCCUUAAGGUUCUCAACUCGUACUGGAUUAAUGAGGACUCAACAUACAAGUACUACGAGGUGAUCUUAGUGGAUGCGGCACACAACGCCAUCAGGAAUGACCCGCGGAUCAACUGGAUCUGCAAGGGCGUUCAUAAGCACCGGGAGCUCCGCGGGCUCACGUCAGCCGGCAAGAAGUACCGCGGGCUGCGCGGCAAAGGUCAUCCCCACCACAAGGCCCGCCCCUCCCGCCGUGCCACCUGGAAGCGCAAUCAGACUGUCUCUCUCCGCCGAUACCGCUAAAUAACUUAAGAGUAUUUUUCUUAGCUCGCAAGCUAUUUUCACUAUGAAAUUUUGGCUUUAUUGGGACUUCAAUCUAAUAGCUUUUGUUCGAACCAUUUCAUUUCCUUUUCUACUUCUUAAGUAUGCUUGGCGUUCUUGGUUCUAUCAAUCAUGUGUUGUUUCCUGCCGGCGACAGAGUUUGCUAGAUUUUUAGUUGAUUUGUUGGCAUCGAAAUUAUGAUAAUCUUGUUUACCUUCUGAGUUCAUAGUGUUUGCUGCUGUAUGCUUAUUUCAACCUCA